AUGAAGGUCUCGGACUACGAUGCCGGCACCUCGCCCACUCUUGUUGCCUCACUCGGUCCAAAGGCCCAUCGUGCCAGCAUAUCAGGCAAGAAGAUGACUGGCCGUCCUCUACUACCCCAAUCGGGCUCUUCAGCGGCCUUAAUCCAUCACCCAAUGUCAAAUCUCAGUCUCGACAGCAACAAUCCCGAGUCAGGAGGAACGCCCACUGAAAGCAAGACCCCCGACCUUCGAGCUGUGCUCUCUCAAGUUGUCGACUGGCUACAAGAGGAGAAGGCGAAACGACCGAGACGGAGACACCGACUUCACCACCUGAACUCUCAUCUGGAUCAUCAUCGCCAUCAUCCAAAGGUGGUUGGCGAACACGCCGACGAGAUCCCCUCACGUGGAGAUGACAGCCCCGUGGACAAUGAGACAGAUCUGGCCCUCGAGAAACUGGAAAACAUUCUUUCGGGGUACAGCGCCGGCUUGCCAACUCUUCUCAGACCAGCACAGAGGUCCUCGAGCUCACUCGUGAGGAAGGGAUCCAUAGCCAGGAAAUACAAACGAACUUCAACCGCUCCACAAUCGUCGGAUACCGAGUUCUUUGGCGAAGAUAUUCUAGUGCCUAGUGUCGAAGCAUUCCUGGACAAUUCCAAAACAAUGGCCUUCACUGGCGGCGCGGCAGACGUCGACAUGAGCGAUAGCGCCCAAAGCCGAGACUACGUGCAUUGGGUCAAGUUCAAGACGGACAUCGUGCGUCUAGCACACACCUUGAAACUCAAAGGCUGGCGGCGCAUCCCGAUAGAUCAGGCCCAAGACAUCGAAGUCGCCCGUCUGAGCGGCGCACUCACCAACGCCGUCUAUGUCGUUCGCCCUCCCAAAAACAUGUCGGAUUACGAGAAGGUCGUCCCCACAGACUCGUCUGUGCCGUCACACCCGGUGUCGAAACGCCAGCCCAUUCAACUCCUUCUUCGCAUCUAUGGACCGCAGGUCGAGCACCUUAUUGAUCGCCAAUCUGAACUAAGCAUUCUCCGCCGCCUGGCCCGGAAACGUAUUGGGCCUCGUCUGUUGGGGUCCUUUGACAAUGGCCGCUUCGAAGAGUAUCUGCAUGCACAAACUCUCACCGCCGAAGAUUUGCGCGUGCCCGAAACUUCCAAGCAGAUCGCAAAGCGUAUGCGUGAGCUCCACGACGGGAUUGAACUUUUGGAGUCGGAAAUCGAGGCCGGCCCUGCGGUCUUCAUCAACUGGGACAAAUGGGUCGACCGAUGCGAGAGUAUCAUCACCUGGCUUGAUCAGCAAGUCUCUCGAGCCCAGCAAGAGACCGAAGCGGAUAGGGAUCGUGGUGAAUCAAUCGUCAACCCACGGUAUGUCAGGCGAGGUCUCAUUUGCGGCGUAGAGUGGCCCGUCUUCCGCAAAACAUUCGAAGCCUACCGCAGACGCGUGAUCGCCGACUGCGGUGGAAUAAGUGGGACGCAGAAGGCCCUCGUGUUCGCACACAAUGACACGCAAUAUGGAAACCUGAUGCGUCUGGAACCUCGUGGGGAAUCGCCCUUGUCGCAACCAUCAAACCAGCACAAGCAGUUGGUGGUGAUUGACUUUGAAUACGCAUCACAGAAUACUCGGGGUCUCGAGUUCGCCAAUCACUUCACCGAGUGGUGUUACAAUUAUCAUCAUGCUGACCACAGCUAUGCAUGUGACACACGCAGGUAUCCCAACGAGCACGAACAGUACCAGUUCGUCCGGAGCUACGUCAUGCACCGACCACAAUUCAGUCCGUCCGCGAGCUCCACCCCCAAGCUAGAGGCGCGAGAGAAAACGAAUAUUGGUGAUUUCAUGCUCGAUGUGAGAACCCCCCUCGGGGGAGCUCCUGGUGGUGGUGCUGGAGGACUGCUUGAAACAGACUACGAACGCGACGAAAAGGCACGUGAGGAGGCCCAAGAGGAGGAAAUCCGAAGGUUGUUAAGGGAGACGAGGGUGUGGAGGCUAGCGAAUUCCGCCCAGUGGGUAGCAUGGGGGAUAGUGCAGGCCAAAAUCCCGGAGUUGGAAGCAUUGCAAGAGGAUGAGGAACGUGGAAAGAACCGCGCCAGGGCCGGCGCGGAUGCGAUGGUGAACAAGGUUAAGGAAAUGGCGAAAUCGGGGAUCCAAGCGGCUGUGGCGGGAGUGAAAUGGAAAGAAAGAGAGAACAAGCACCAGAACCUUCACCCUAUGUCGGAUCCUCUAGACGAUGAGGAGAAGAGACUCCAGCAGGAGAGUCACCAAGACCGACCGGAGGGCAGACUGCAAGAGGAGGCCCACCAUGAAGGUGAUGGAGGCGUGGUCGUUCCUGACACCGAUCACUCCAGAGUCACGGUGGGGGAGGACACCACAGUGAGAGGGGAGCAAGAUGCAAUCGCUACCAACGGCGAUGUUGUGUCUCCACCUCACACCCGGCACCAAGGCCAAGGCAUAUCCCAAGCUGAAGACCACGCGCACGAGUCUGAGGCCGUCAUCACCCGUGACUGCGUGACAGAUGACGUCGGCGUCGGCGUCCCCGUCGAUGAUACGCCCGCGGUAGACGCGAAACUCGAUCCGGACGAGGAUGAGCACGAGGAAUUUGACUACCUCGCUUAUGCGCAGGAGCGCGCCAUGUUCUUCUGGGGCGAUUGUAUCCAGAUGGGACUGGUCAAGGAGGAAGAGUUACCGGAAGACCUAAGACGGAGAGUCAAGAUCGUACCGUACUGA